ACUUGGCCGCCAAUGCUUACUCCAAAUUGACCCGAUUCCCGACCUGCGUCUGUCUGCGGGCGGGCCACUCGAAAGAGACGACCCCUUUGUUUGCUGGUGUCGCUGUCUUCAACUCACACACCCAUGUCUCGGGUGGCGGCUUGCCUUGCCUUGCCUGACGAGAUGUGAGGACAAUGGGUAGGGAGGGACUGAUGGAGCAUGGACCUCACUCAUACCCAUUCGAAGCCGGUCGCCUAACUUGGUUCGUGGCGUCAAACGUGCCGGCGCCGGCAGCAGGUUCGCUGUCAUGCCGCCGCAAAACGAGGAUGCGCCGGUCCUGUGGGCACACCAAAUGGCCACGAGCCACGAACUGGGGGCGCGCCGUUGACGGCAUUGCAAAGCCCCAGGACGACGCGCAGAUCAUUUUCCCACCGUGGACCCAUAUCGAACAUGACGGUUCGGAUGACAAUCUCCUCGUGCCGCUUCGGCCAAAGGCGCAUGCAGUAUGAGCCGUAUGGCUCUCACGCCCUCUGAACUGGAUAGCAAGGUCAUUCGACAGCAACGAUGACGCCGAAAAGGGGGAAGCCAUUCUCGCGUGCGUAUUUCGUACGAGUUACGGCAAUCUUUGUUGUGGGUAGUUGCCGCGCGGGGGACGACGAUGCUGCAGCACCGGUCCUAACACGAGAGACCCUGCCUGCUGCACAAACCCUGGCCAUUUGCAGCCACGUCAAGCGGCUCCCCUGGCGGCAGGCUGAUUUUGCGCGCAGACCAGGCAGAUCCGCCUGGGUCGGGGCGAGACGGUUGUCGGGACCCGUUUAAAAUUCAGCUCCUGCAAGCCACGCUCGCUCCUCCACGACCGUCCAUUGGAGGCUGAUGCCUCCCGUCACGACUCAAUUCACCAUCGCGCUCCAUCGUGGCCAAUGCCUGUUCCUGACGCCCGAGGCGCUAGGCCAGGGCUGCAUGGGAUGGUCCGGGUGUGCUCGAGUUGCGAUGAGGUCCCGCCGCCGCCGCCGCCGCCGCCAUGAUGGGGGACCGGGGUUGAACCAUUCGUGGUGUCUCGCGCAAUAAAACAACUCCCCGCCGCCUCGUGCCCCCCUCGGUCUGGAGAAGAGGAUUGAAGAAUUGUUCGCUCGUUUAUUUGCUUCUUCUUCCUCUCCUUAUUCUUGUCUUGCCCGUUUCGGUAGCCUCAUCCGUCACGUCACGUCCUUCCGGUGGAUUCUCCUCUGUUGUGUAUAAGUCACCAAGUCAUGAAGGUCACUCAGUUGAUGGCCGCUCUGGCGGCCAUGUGCAUAUCGACGGCCGUCGAAGCCCGGCUUGUCGCGCGGAUACCCCAAGCCACGCGUUCGGUCGUCCUGCCUGCGGACGGCAUGUCUCCCAGGCCGACAGUGCCGCCGAGCAUGCACGAGUUGCUGCGUCGCCAGGACUCGACGUCUUAUAAGUUGACCAUGGCCGUGGCCCCCGACAACACCUGCGGAUACAUCUCGGGCAACGCCAGCUGGGCCUACACCUGUGGCCCUAGCGCGACAUGCGGCCUCGUCUUUUCACAGCCGACUCACUCCGGUGUCGUCAUGUGUUACAACGACGGGGGCUCCAACUUCCGGUUCGGAUGCAUGGACUACAACGACAUCGUUUCGUCGAGCAAGUGUGGCGACAGCUGCGCUCAGGACACUCUUGUGCUCAAGUGCACAAACGCGGCGAGUAAAUUCUGCAACACCAUUGCGUUUCCUGGCGGCAUCACAGACUACUGGUGUGCGGCCAUUAGCGACUCUUUGGCCAACCAGGCCUUCACGACCUUCGCCGGCCAGACCAUCAGCCGGUCCUACUUCACAAUCACGCAGACGGGCUCGUCGACUUCACUUCUCAACACGAAGCAGACGGGCAAGAGCACUAUCGGUGACCCAACUCCAUCUGGCGCGCUGUCAAAAACCUCAUCAGCGGCUGCCACCACCAGUACCGAUGGUUCUGGCAACAGCGACAGCAGCGACAAGGACAACAGUGGUGGAGGCGGCGGCGGCGGAGGCAAGAAGACGCCCGUGGCAGCCAUUGUCGGAGGUGUCGUUGGUGGUGUCGCCGCGAUUGGUAUCGCCGGCAUCAUCGCUUUCUUCUGCCUACGGCGCGGCAAGAAGCAGGCCGAUGCUGGCAAGACGGCGAGCCCGCCCAUGGAACAGUCUCCCGUGCAACACCCAAGCGUGCCGCCGCCCAGCAUGAUGCAGCAGCAGCAGCAGCAGCCUGGCCCGCACACGUCGUACUACAACCCCAACUACGCUCCUUCUGUCCAGAGCUAUCUCCCUCCCAACCAGCAGUACCCUCAGACCAUGCCGCCGCCGCUUGGUGGAUACUAUCCUGCCGCCGCCGACCCGUCGCUCGCCCCAACAUCUCCCACGGCCUCGCACAUGACGCACAUGACGGACCCGCGCACGAACAGCACGAGCCCCGGCGUGCCCCAAUGGGGCGGCUACCCGGCUCCUGGCCCGGGCCCCCAGCAGCAGCAGCAGCCGCCACCGCCGCACGGCUUCCAGCCCCAGCAGCCCGUCAUCUAUGAGGCAUCCGCACAGACAUCGGAUAACCACCGUGGCCAGAUGCAUGAGCUCAACUGAGCGGAGAGCGAGGAGGCCCGCGUCAUUGGCUCGAUGACGAGACCACCCCAAAGGGCCCCUCCCGAAAAGGGAAAGGAAACUCGUGGUCUUGGUUCCGCGGUGACGGGACAUUAAUUCUCUUGGGAGGAAGUGUAUUUCUACGUCAUGUUGUAUGUAUCCAUUGUGAGGUCUGGCGUUGGGUUUUUAGAAGGGGUCACAGUUGCGGGACAGCCCGACGCGGCGUACAGGGAGUCAUCAUUCACGGCAUAUAUAUAUAAUGUGCAUAUAUGGCGUCUGAGCAAUCAUGCU